AUGCAAGUAAAGUUUCUAACUAAGAAAUCAGAUGUUUUCUCUUAUGGAGUGGUGUUGAUUGAAGUUAUAUGUGGAAAACCUGCUUUAGAUGAUGCCCUUCCAACGCAACAGAUGAAUUUGGCAUUGUGGGCAUUAAGUUGCGAUAAAAAGGGUACCUUUCAUGAAAUGAUGGACCCAUAUUUGAUUGGCAAAGUGAAUAUGGAUUCUCUAAACAAGGUUUUAGAGUUGGCAUGGAAGUGCUUGGAGGAGCGUCGGGAGAACAGACCACCGAUGGGGUAUGUAUUAUGUCAACUAGAAGAGGCUCUCCAUCUUGAGUUGGCAUCACAUGUUUCGAAUGAGAAUGAGGAUUCUUCUAUUCACUCCAGUGUAGGAAGUGGAUUUACGGAUGAAAUUGAAGAUGUUGUUUGA